AUGGACAAUACCGCCAUGAACUCCUUCUUGGAGUUCGCAAUUUGUAACCGCGGCACCGCCGCCUUCCAGCACCACCCCGAGCCGGCCUCGCCCUCCUUCCCGCCGUGCUCAGGUAGCCCCACGCCGGCCUCCGAUGGCCACUUCGGCCUGCCCGGCCCCGGCCCCCUCCCGCAGCACAGCUUCCCCCCUCCCUCCUCUUCCUCUUCCUCGCGCUUCGCCAGCCCGGGCUACCCGGCCCAGCCGGGCUACCAGCAGCUCUACGCGGGCCAGCAGGACGCGGACGGGCUCUACCUGCCCGCGGCCGCCUUCGGCUCGGGCUCGCUGGCCCAGGGCUACUGCGGGCCCGCGGGGCAGCUGCAGCCGCCCGCCUUCGGGCCCGAGCAGCCCGGCUGCCUGCCCGGCCUCUACGGCCAGCUCCCGGCGGCGCUGCUGGGGGAGCCCGAGCCCCCCGGGCACCCCGAGCCCCCCGGGCACCCCGAGCCCGGCGCCGGGGCCGGGGCGGCGCUGACCUUCGAGUGGAUGAGGGUGAAGAGGAACCCCCCCAAAACAGGCAAAACGUCGGAGCUGGGGCUCCUGGGGCAGCCCAACGCCAUCCGCACCAACUUCAGCACCAAGCAGCUGACGGAGCUGGAGAAGGAGUUCCACUUCAACAAGUACCUGACGCGGGCCCGCAGGGUGGAGAUCGCCGCCACCCUGGAGCUCAACGAGACGCAGGUGAAGAUCUGGUUCCAGAACAGGAGGAUGAAGCAGAAGAAGAGGGAGAAGGAAGGGCUGGCCCCGGCCGCUGCCGGCAGGGCGCCCAAGGAGGCGGCCGAGGGCUCGGAUCAGUCCUCGCCCGAGGCCUCGCCCAGCUCCAGCUCCUCCUGA